AACAUGAUUGUUUGACUGUUUUCUUUCCCUAAACGGCUCUUUUAAGAGCCACCCAUGUCCUCGUUGAAAGAGCAGUAUUCCAUAUUCACUCAGGAUAUCAGAUGCUGCUGAUUGUUGUGGUGGAGUUGAUUCCUGCUUUACAAAACGGUGACAGGAGGGCGCUGGGAGAACAUGAACUGAGUCAGGGCUGAUGGAACUAAUAACAAUUUACAUUUCUAUACAUCGAUAUAUAAACUUUAUAAUAUAUAUGCCUAUAUUCCCUUCUUUCCUUUUUCAUCUCUCUCUCACACACACACCCGUGGGAUGGUUGUCACGCAGGCUGACGCUGGAAUUUGACGGCAUUUUUGUGAUUGGUUUUUCAGCUACAACGAUCUUAACCAAUCAGAGAAGAGCCGUGUUGUCUUUAUCACAGAGGGCACGAGCUGCAGCGCUUUUUAUUUCAGAGUUGUUCCUGCAACGGAUCUGAGCAGCAGAAUGAGCGGAAGAGGAAAGACCGCCAAGGCUCGAGCCAAGGCCAAGACUCGUUCAUCCAGAGCCGGACUCCAGUUUCCCGUGGGCCGUGUCCACAGGCUCCUGCGGAAAGCGCUCCACUGGACACUUUCUCACACGGAGGAGGCCGACGGACGGGUUGCUGGAGCCGGGAUUAAUGCAGGGAAAGCGCCUGUGGAAAGCCAGUCAGAGCUUGAGGAGCGCGGCUGUGAGGAGCUCCUGAACCCGGAGCUGGAGACGGAGACCUACGAGCUGCUGAGGCAGUUGUUCCGCUCUCACACGGGCCUUCCGGUGGAACACAGGCGGAAUAAAGCGCAUUCAGCACUGCCGAGUCUGCAGAGAGUGGUGGGGAAAACCAUCUACCGCCACCGCAUCGCAUACACCGGCAUGGUGUGGCAGCUGUUCGACGAGAACAAUAGUCUGGACGGUGUUGGCUCCGUAUUGAGCGGUGUGUUUGACGAUGGUGUGAUUUCUUGGGGACGCAUCGCAAGUGUUCUGGCUCUAGGUGCUGUGGUGUGCGAGUGGCUGAAGCAGGACUGUGUGAAGGAGCAAGUAGACGAGUGUGUGGACAUUGUUGCCUUACAAAUCUCCUCCUACCUCACUACAGACCUGCAGCACUGGUUCAUCAACAACGGCUGGGAUGGUUUUGCGAAGUUCUUUUAUGUUGAGGAUCCCGAGUCCACAGUUUGGAAGGCACUAAUGGCAGUGGCCGGAUUCGGAAUAGGGGCAUGUCUCUUAACGCUGAUGCGAUGAAGUGAGUGGAGGCAGAGGUGGCCACUGUUACUAUGGCUACACUGUUGUCUGUCUUCCUAAGGAAACGAGGACAAAUGUGCUUGUGCUCUUCUGGGCGAUCGCAGAGACACUAAUAAAUCCGUAUGUUUUAUGAAGACUGAGCAAAGUUUGUUAUGUCACUCAAUACUAUUAUCAGUUUAUAUUCAAAUAAAAUUCCCCUCACCCAGAUAAACUGCCCCUGUCUCCAUGGGGAGGUCACUGCGCUGUCCUGCACAUGGCAGAAUUUCAGCUGUUUAACUUUCAGUGCAAGGUCUGGCAUGGUGAGGGCCCUGAUUGUGUGAGGAAAUUCAGAGCUUUCCUGUUUGGAGAAAGUCUUAGUUUUUUAAAUAAACACUUCAGGCACUGAA